AUGCACAGCCGCCUCAGCUGUUUUGUGGGGUUCGAGGAUGUGAUCGCGGAGCCCGAGCUAACCCACUCCUUCGACAAAGUCUGGAUCUGCAGCCACGCUCUCUUCGAGCUCAGCAAGUACCUGAUCUACAAGCUCCUGAGCCUGGUCCUUGCCAUACCCAUGGCCCUGGUUCUGGCGCUUGUCUUUGCGGUGCUCAGCUGGCUGCACAUCUGGAUUGUGAUGCCUUUUGUGAAAACCUGUCUCAUGGUAUUGCCUUCAGUGCAAAUUCUAUGGAAGAGCCUGACAGAUGUUUGCAUCCUCCCGUUGUUUCAGAGCAUCGGCCGAUGCUUUGCCAUGGUUAAUAUACGCCUGGACCAAGAGUAA